GCUUCUUUUUUUUUAAAAUUAAAGCUUUUAUUUGCUGUAAAAAAAAUUGUACUCCAUAGGUUUUUUACGGCAUUUUAUUUUAGGCACAAAAUUGCUUUGGACACAACGGAAUAACUGCUAAAAUCCAAAUUUUAGGAGAAGAAAAGUAGUAGUACUCCGUACUACAGAGUUCAGUAGAGCUCGAAUGGGACACGGGAACUCAAAACCGGGCUCCGACGACUCUUCCUCCAACAGCGCCGCCAGGUCGUCCCGCGCUGCAAAAUUCCGCCAACGCCUCCACCUUCAUCGCCACCACUUCCGCCACAGCCGUAAAGGCUCCUCUUCCGAUUCCGGUUCUCACCUCUCUAAACUCCUCAAGGAAGAUGAUUUCGCCGGCAUCGCUUGUCUCCGUCUCGUUAACGCGGAGAUGAAAUUCAAGGACAAAUGGCUUGCUUGUAUUUCACUUGGUCUGCAAACUUUCCGCACUCAUAUAUCUGACCACACUGACAAGCCUACAUGGAACUCGGAGAGGAAACUUCUUUUAGAGAGAAAUGGGGCACAUAUUGCCAGAAUCUCUGUGUUCGAGACGAACAAGUUAUCCAAGAACAAUUUGGUUGGUUAUUGCGAGGUUGAUCUGCUUGAAUACCUUUCCCAGGACCCUGAUUCUGAUGUUGAGGUCUUGGACUUAUGGGACCCAUCGACCCCAUCUGUUGUUGUUGGCUCUAUAUUUAUUUCAUGCUCUAUUGAGGAUCCAGUUGAUACAGAGAAAAGUUUUACAAAGCGCAUCUUGUCUAUAGUGGACUAUAAUGACGAUGGUGAGCUUUCAUUGAAGGAGUUUUCUGAUUUAAUUGAUGCGUUUGGUAAUCAAUUGGCUGCUGAAAAGAAAGAAGAGCUAUUCAGACAGGCUGACAAGAAUGGAGAUGGUGUUGUCAACCUGGAUGAGUUGGCUAUGCUUUUGACUGCACAUCAAGAAAAGGAGCCACUGAUUAACUGCUGCCCCGUUUGCGGCGAAGUUCUUGAAAUACCUGAUAUGUUGAAUAGUAUGAUUCAUUUGUCACUGUGCUUUGAUGAAGGAACUGGAAAUCAAAUUAUGACGGGAGGGUUUCUCACUGAUAAGCAGGCUUCCAGUGGAUGGAUGUUCAAACUGACUGAAUGGGCACAUUUCUCAACAUAUGAGGUUGGUUUGAGGUCUGGUUCCAGUGCAUCACAUAUACUGGUUUAUGAUCGAAGAAUGAAGAGGCUAGUGGAGGAGAUAAUAGAUGGAAAGAUUGUUUUGUCAAUGAGAGCCAUUUAUCAAUCUAAAUUCGGGCUUGGUCUAAUGGAUAAUGGGGCAAAAGAAAUCCUGCAGAGCCUCUCUGAAAAGCAAGGCAAAAAAAUGGAUGCCAUUGAUUCAGCUAAAGAUAUACCAAAAUUUCUUGAACUGUUUAAGGAUCAAAUCAACAUGAAUGAGGUCAAGUACCCUCUGGAGCAUUUUAAGGUGAGCUUUGCCUAUCACACUACCUGGACUUUUUCAAUUUAAUGGUCAUAUGGUAUAUACUCAGUUGGACAGUUGAUUGAUUUUGAUAAGCCAGUUUGUGUCUAAACUUUGGUAAAUGGUAGUGAAGAUGAUUGAAACGCGUGGAUGAUGAUGAAAUCAGUAAUCACCUUUCGAGAAUUGUUAGAUAUAAACUCUUAGAAUUACUAGUCUAGAGCUCCACAUAGUUGUAGUCAUAUUAAGGAUGUAUACUUGCACAGCUUCAAAUAUAAUAGCAAGACUUAG